AAAUAAGCAAAUAAAGAGGAAUCCCCCUCCCCCAUUUAUUACUUCAACUCUACAGCAAGAUGCAGUAAAUAAACUGUAUUUCAACGUAAAGAACGUUAUGCGCAUAGCACAAAAUUUAUAUGAAGGUAUUAAUAUUGGUGGGGAAACUGUGGGUUUAAUUACUUACAUGCGUACAGAUGGAUUUUACAUUGCAGAUGAAGCUAUUGGCUCAAUUAGGGGAUCUAUCAAGUCAUUAUAUGGUGAUAAAUACCUGCCUAAGUCUCCUCUUCAAUAUGUUAAAAAAGUCAAAAAUGCUCAGGAAGCACAUGAAGCAAUUCGGCCAACAGAUAUUAAUAGAACACCAGAUAGCAUUGCAAAUUACUUAACUCCAGAGCAAUUGAAAUUAUAUGACUUGAUUUGGAAAAGAACCAUCGCGAGUCAGAUGGAGUCAGCAAUUAUUGACCAAAUGAUAGUAGAGAUUAGUUCUAAUGAUUAUCAGGUAAUUCUUAGAACAAGCGGGUCAAAUAUAUUGUUUGAUGGGUUUUAUAAGGUUUAUCGAGAUAAUAUGGAAACUGAAGAUGAUAGUCUAUUGCCCGCUAUGAAAGAAGGAGAAGCGUGCGAAUUAAUUUCUGUUACUUAUGAACAGCAUUUUACGCAACCUCCACCACGCUAUAGUGAAGCAAGUAUUGUGAAGAAAAUGGAGGAAGUAGGUAUAGGCCGUCCAUCAACUUACUCGAUGAUUAUUUCAGUGUUGCAGGACCGUGAUUAUGUUGUGCUAGACAACAAAAGGUUUUUUCCUAGCAGUCGUGGUAAGGUUGUUACCAUUUUCCUAAAGAAAUUUUUUGAUCGUUAUGUAGAAUACGAUUUUACAGCUCAAAUGGAAGAAGAACUUGAUUUAAUAUCAAAUGGAAAUGCAAAGAGGAGGGAAGUACUAAGCCAAUUUUGGCUACCAUUUUUUAACAAUAUUAGUUCUGUUAAACAGAUGGCAUAUGAUGAAAUUUUGGAUGGUAUCAGUGAUUUAAUUCUUGACUGUUUUUGCUCAGAAGAAGAAAGAAAUAAUAUAGAAAAAAAAUGUACUACUUGUUCUGAUGGUAUCUUGAAAUUAAACGUUGGGCGUAGCGGAGCAUUUUUUGGCUGCUCUAAUUAUCCUGAAUGCCGUUAUACAAAAGAAGUUACUGAUAGUGGCAAUGAGAAUUCAACGUAUCCUAAAAGCUUGGGAAUAGAUAAUAUAACUGGUCAAGAAGUUGUGAUUAAGAAGGGUCCUUAUGGAUUUUAUCUGCAGCUUAAUAGUGAGUUAGAUAAGAAAAAAGCAGUAGCCAUACCAAAAGACAUGAAUGUUGAGAAUUUAGAUUUGAGCACUGCAAUUGGACUACUAUCUUUACCAAAAAUAAUUGGGGAAUAUCCAGAAACAGGAAAAAAAGUAAAAGUGGGCCUUGGGCGAUUUGGAUGCUAUGUUUUUUAUGAUAAUAAAUAUUUUUCCAUUAAAAAAGGACCUAUGGAAGCUUUGAGCAUUAAAUUAAAUGAAGCUAUAGAAAUUAUAGCAAAUAGCACACGCAAAGAAUUAAAAUCUCUUGGUUUUGAUGAACAAGGAAGAGAGAUUAUUAUUUGCGAUGGAAAGUAUGGAUAUUAUAUAAAAUGUGGAAAAAUAAAUGUUGCCCUAGGUAAAGAUGCGGAUAUUAAAAACAUAGAUUUUAAAAAAGCAAUAGAGUUGAUUAACAAUAAAGUGAUGAAGCGCAAAAGUACAGCAUAGACUUCUACAAUCCGUAUUUGCAUAACUAAACGGCACUUUUCUCUAGCAUUGAUUUCAUUCGCUGAUAGACCUGUAGAUUCAGCUAUAACAUCUACAGAUAUACGAGCUUUAAGUAGGUUUUAGCCAGUGCAACUUUAGCUUUCAUUUCACAUUUUUCUUUGCCAAUUUGAAUGCCUUCUUGUCUACCUUUUUCAUU